CACCUGGGCGGGGCGGGGCCGCACCUGGCGCGGGCGCGGCGGCGGCGGCGGCGAUGGCGGCAGCGGCGGGGGGCGGCCCCGGGCCCUGGCUCCUGCUCCUCGGGGCGGCCGUGUCGCUGGUGGGAGCCCAGGUCACCUACGAGACCAAAGAAGUGCCUGAGAACGAGCCCGCCGAGAUUCCCUGUGCCGCGUACGAGUUUGGUUUGAAGAACCCCCGCAUCGAGUGGAAGUUCCAGAAGGGAUCCUCGCUUGUGCUCUUCUACUACGGGGGGCAACUGACGGAGCCGUACAAGGACCGGGUCCGUUUUGCCCCCAACGCCAUCUCCUUCCUCACGGUGACGCGGGCGGACACCGGGAAGUACAUCUGCGAGGUGGUGGGGGACGGCAGCAAGAUCGCCAAGUCCGAGGUGAACCUCAUUGUCCAAGUGCCGCCCUCCAAGCCCGUGGCCCACGUCCCCACCUCGGCCACCAUCGGCAGCAGGAUCGUGCUGCGCUGCACCGAGACGGACGGCUCGCCCCCCCCCACCUUCCGCUGGUACAAGGACGGGAUGCUGCUCCCCACCGAUCCCAAAUCCAGCCCCAGCUUCCGCAAUUCCUCCUACACCCUGGACACCGCCACGGGCGAGCUGGUCUUCCAGCCCCUCGGCAGCUCCGACAGCGGUGCCUACUCCUGCGAGGCCAGCAACAACGUAGGAUCCGCGCAGAGAUCCGAUGCUAUCCGUAUGGAAGCCAGUGAGGUCAACGUCGGCGGCAUCGUGGCCGCUGUCGUGGUGCUGCUGAUGGUGCUGGCGCUCGUGGCCUUCGGCGUCUGGUUUGCCUACAGACGGGGCUUCUUCAAGAGAAAAGACGGCACCGGCAAGAAGGUGAUUUACAGCCAACCCUCGCACCGCAGCCAGGGAGAGUUCAAGCAGACGUCGUCCUUCCUGGUGUGACCCCCCCCCUGCUGUGGCCGACCCGGUGUCCCCAAUGCCCCCCCCGGGACCGUGGCUCCGCCGGGAUUUCACCGCUCCUCGGGAUGCUGCAGCUUCACCCGGUGCCUUUGGGGCAGCCCCACAUGGAUUUGGGGGGGGGGGGGGUUGGUUUUAC